AUGCCUUUCAAGGACGGAGACGCAAAGAAGGGAGCCAACCUCUUCAAGACCAGAUGUGCCCAAUGCCAUACUCUCGGCGAGGGCGAGGCGAACAAGAUCGGUCCUAACUUGCACGGCCUGUUCGGACGCAAGACUGGUGCCGUCGCUGGCUAUUCAUACACGGAUGCCAACAAAGCAAAGGGUAUCACCUGGGAUAACGAGACAUUGUUCGAGUACCUCGAGAACCCGAAGAAGUACAUUCCCGGGACAAAGAUGGCAUUCGGUGGAUUGAAGAAGGACAAGGACAGGAACGACCUGAUCACCUUCCUCAAGGAAGAGACUAAGUAG